UUUCGGAGCAACGUGAAAUCCCUCGGGAGACGCUCGACUUCGAGGGCUAACCCGACGGACCUUCUGUUUUCGUGACUCGCCUGGCAAGGCAAUACGUAUCGGACAUCAACACUACUAUACGUUGACCUUGCCAAGAGGACGCCGGGAGAGUUAAUAACUCUCGUUCUCUGCAAGGAAAGGGAGGUGGUCGGUCACUUAUAAGGGCCUCGGAGGACUUCAAGAGAAAGUCUGCCGCAGACACAAGGAAGUCGAAGAUGGCGGGAAGUUGGUCAAGGGUUUGGUUGGCACUGCUACUCUGUGGUCCAGCCGUCGUACUGGGAAAAUACUACGGCAAGCUCAUCGGCGAUCUGCAGUCCAAUGCACACGGUGUUAAAGGAAAGGUAUACGCGGCAAACUCCACAACGCUUCAGCUGGUUGAUUUCAGUUACGAUGGAUCAGCAUCAGAAGCUUACUUUGCUGCGGGGACGUCCCAAGGAUCCGUGUUCCUGUCGGACGAGAACGGAGGAACGGCGUCAUUGAAGAGGUACAACAAGAGGACAUUCCUGCUUCCGUUGCCUGUUGGGACGCGAGUCACCGACCUCGACUGGUUCGGUGUAGGACCCAGCGAUCUGCAGUCUACGUAUGGUUCAUUGACUGUGCCCGCGGGAUUCCAAGCACCGGCCCCUGUGACGCUGAGCCCCCUGAAGAAAAGGGCGCACAAUGUUGGUUCUGGACCGGUUGUUAUUAUGAACCACAACACCAUCUUCAUCCCAAAGUUCACCUACGAUGGCUCCGGUCCUGAUGUCUACUUCUUGGUGGGCAAGGGGAACAAGCCAACUCACAAGGGUGCUACGAAGAUCCCCACGGAAAGCGGAGAGAUCAAACUGAAGGCGGGCUACAAGGGCACGGAUAUGCUUCUCAGGCUACCGGGCUCUGCCAGCUUCACAGACUUUGAUUGGUUCAGUGUCUACUGUAUUCGCUUCGAAGAAAACUUUGGUGACGUUACGUUCCCAAAGAAUAUGAACCUCCCCGCAGUGUAGCCACACAUCACGACGCUUGACCGCACAUAUGAAAGCCUUUGGGAGCGAUUCAGUACACACGUUCUGCAGCAUGCAAUACAUCUCCGUAACAACGGUCAGGUGCAUCUGUCCGUUGGAAGAAACGCAGCCGUAUUGGAUUGCAUUGGAUUGGAUUGAAAGGAAAAUAAUAUGGAGAUCGUUGUUCCACGAAUGUGAAUCCGGCUACACCAGAACCGUUAUAGUUCACUGCGGAACGACCACUAAGGUUCGGUGGGGGUUAAUUAUGACGUGACGUGAAAGAAAACGAACGAAUCAAAAAGAGAAAAGAUAGGAUAUCAGAUACACGUGCGUAUUGCAUAUGCAGUGCAUAUCGAGGAAACUGAGUUUUAAUAGAUAUUGUAAGCACUCUAUGGAAACGAUACGAUAAAGGAACGUGUCGGAUCUUAUCCGUUGAUUGGGUGCGGCAGAAAUUGUACUUCGAAAGCCACGUUAUCAGUGGUCUGCUAACACACCAUACACCGACAUCUCAUAACCAACGCCUUGACAUUUCUGAGGCACCUCUUUUAGCGCGGCUGCUAUCGUCCCCACAUUCAACGCGCAUCAAAACGUGUCGUGAUAAUCUGUACAUUAAAAUGUGAGGCGAAAUAAAAGACACUGAAUAUCGUC